AUGUGCAACAAGCUGAUUGAAGCCUCGCAGGUGUACUCCAAGGACAUUGAGACCAUCGAUUGGCACGUCAUGCAGGACCACGAGGACCCACGAAAGUGGUGCAUUGUCGAGCGUUACGAGAAUGAGAGCAGCCAGAAGUACCACCUGGGCAACCCCUACUGGAAGACAUUUGACCCGUACAUCAUGCCGCUGCUGGACAAGCCGAUGGACUUGCGACGUUUCAACGAGUUAGAUAAAAGCAAGCCUGUGCAUGUCGAGUAA